AUGGGGAUACAGGGCCUCCUUCCUAUGCUAAAGUCCAUUAUGGUGCCAAUGCACGUUAAGGAUCUCGCUGGUCAGAGCGUCGCCGUCGACACCUAUUCGUGGCUUCACAAGGGCGCGUUCUCCUGCAGCAGGGAGAUUUGCAAGGGUUUGCCGACAUCCAGGUCCAUGAAAGACUUCGCUUUUCACCUGCAUUGCUCCUCUUGAUGGGUUACUUAACUUAGCGUCUCUGCUUCUGGUUCUUGUUUUUCUUGCUUGCCCGAUUUGGCUACCUGAUUGAAACUGAGGGGAAUUUCUCGCUCCCCGUCAACCUCUCUUUGUCUGCAUUCAUUGAUCCGCGAUUUUUCCACGUGUGCUGCACACUUAUCUCUAUUCAGUGGAAUCGUGAACAGGAUGAAUGCUUAACUCGAUUCGUUACGUCUCUUGCUCUAUGAUACAUCUUAUUAGUUCUCUUUCCUAGUCUUACAUUUUCCCAAUCGCAUGCAAACCUGACAAGGGUUAGCGCCAGUUCAUUAAGAGUUUACAUCUUGAUAACAUCAUUAUGAUAUCGAUCUUUUUUUGCCCUUUUUUGUGGCCGUUCCCUGAGAAUGAUUAUGAUGAGCGAACUUAUUUUUCGGAGAAGCUUAUGCCAUCUUUUUAUUAGAGGAGUUUCGGAGACCGAAUGAUCUUAUUUCACAGUAGAGAAUGGGCUGGACUAUGAUUUGAGUGGUCCUCAGUUUUUUUUUCUUUUUUUUUCUCUCCAUCUCUGUUUGCUCCGCUUUUCUUUUUUCUAUAUCUGUGCUCAUUUCUGUGGAACUGACAUUGAUUUUUUCCCCUAAUGAAUUGAAGAUGGACUGUUGACUCCGCCUGUUGUUUGAUUAGUCAACGCCCACACCCUUUGCAAUCCGAUUAAAUUCAAUCUGAGUAAAUAAUAAACAUACAAUCUGUUUGGUUAGCUAAUGUGGACCGGCUUCGAUGAUUUCAAAUGCUUACUCUACGUGGUUAUCUAAACGAUGUGUACGGGCAUACAGUGAUCCCAUAAUGAAAUAUAAGGACCAUUCUGUCACAAAUUUUUUAAUUUCUCCACGUUUUGUGGGGAACUGUCAAUAGCUUGCACCUGAAAUGAGGUAUAAUUAAAUUGCGGGCAAUUAAAAUUUCAAAACUAAAGUACCUGCGACGUUUUAAGAGUGAACAUGGAUCAAUAAGAAGAGAGUAUCUGCAAAAAAGUUGGUGAACGUGAUUAAUUUAUUUGCUUCUAUUUUCUUGUCUUGCAGUCAUUUUACAAGUCUGUCAUCAAGAUUCAUUGCCAGCAUUCAUAUGUUUUAGGGUCCGUUUGUUUUAUCUGGGUUUCGAAGCAAGUUUCUGAAUUUUUUUUCUCACAAAGAUCUAGCUGCAUAAUUAACUUGUUGGUGGGCAGGUCAGCUUGAUGUAAAGGAGUCAAAGGUUGCUGACGUGUGUUGGUUUCUAGCUCACUAGUUUACGAGGGUUGGCAGUUUUUUCUUCUGCUUUCUCUGUGCAUAUCAACUACAUAAAUUGUUGACUUAAUUUCAAGGGAGAAAAUAUUGCAUGCGCAAUGUGUGGUGAAGCCUAGUCCAUUGUGGCUAUUUGCUGCUUCUUGACUUAAAAAAAUGCUUAUGCUGCUUUAACACAAUAGGAGGGGUAAAGUAUUUUCAUCUUAAAAGGACUGCGUCUCCUUGAUUUCAUUGACGUUCUCAUCUGGCUGAUUUAUAUCUAUGAGUUGGCCAAACAGAAAUGUAGUUCAUUUUGAGGAAAAAACUUUGACCUACUUUUUGGAGUAAAAACAAUUACUUUUUAACCAACUCUACUUCAUAAGCUUGCAGCUAAUUAUGUUUAUCAUGACUAUAUAUUAGGUAUGUGGAUUAUUGCAUGUAUAGAGUAAAUCUACUGCGGCAUUUUGGGAUCAAGCCAAUUCUUGUCUUUGAUGGGGGUCUUCUACCCAUGAAGGUUGAUCAAGAGAUUAAACGUUCCAGGUAUAGUUUUUUUUGUUCUUACUCUGGAACAACAUUGUUCACUGUGUUCUAUUAGUAAUCUGUGGUUACAAAGUUAGAUAUGUUUACUUUUCGACUUUCUCUAUUUUUACCUGCCUGGGAAUAAGGUUGAGUGAUGAUAUUUAUAUUGUAAUAAUUUCACCAAUCCUAAUAAUACUGGCUUGUAUAGAUAAUUUUUGGAUGACAGCCUUGAAACUUCAAUUUAAUAUUAUGUAGAGUAAAUAUUUUUUGCUUCUAAUUAAAAAUGAUGUUAUGACAAGUUAUUUUUUUAUUAAAUAGGCCAUAACUAUCAAGAAACAUAAAACAAGACUUUAUUUUAUAAAGCUCCAUUUCCUAUGCACUCUGGUGAAUACAGGUGCCAUUCAUUGCUGAUAUGUGUCAUAAAAAAUUGCGUUCAUAAAGAGGUCAACGAUGACUAUUUUGGUGGGAAAGAGACGACCAUGGAUCAUUUUGUUAGGGUCCCAAAACAGGGAUCAAAACAAGGGUAGAAACUAGGGUAGCAACCAGGGUAGCAACCAGGGAACUGAAAGUACGGGGGGAAAAUAUCUCCACUCGGACAGAAAAUAGGAAAGAACAGAAAAGGGUUUCCAGUUGGGGACGAGUUCGAGAGUGUCCCACUCUCCCAUUGACCUCUUCCAAAAGUGCCCAGUGAGGACCUUGAGGGUCCUUAAACCCGUACUCCUUAAUGGGCUUCCUUUGACCCGCCUACAUCUUAACCUUCCCUCUCCAGGCUUAAGUAGCUUGAACAUUGGGCCCAACAGUUCCGGACCUAACACAUUUCCACCACAACUAUAUGUACCAUUGACUUAGACAUCAACUUGGCCACACCGCCUCUGAUUCUCCUUCCAUCUGAAAUAACUAAUGCAUUAGAACAAUACUAGGGAGUGCGAAAACAGUUUUCGUUUAGUAAAAACAGUGUACUGCUUCCAUGGCUAUGGUGACUGUGCUAUUUAGUCUUUUGACUCGACGUGUGGGAUAUUUGCUUUGUGCCGAUGUCUUGAGCUGUUGUUAUGAUAGAACAUUGAUGUCAUCUUGUUUGCUUACAUAGAAUAAGGAAGGAAAACCUGGAGCGUGCACUGGACCACGAAUCUGCUGGCAAUACUGCUGCUGCUUAUGAAUAUUAUCAGAAAGCUGUUGACAUAUCACCUUCAGUUGCAUACCAUCUUAUACAGGUAGUAUUUUCUUUUGACAUGAUAUGUACUGACAGUGUGGACUAGAAACAAAGAAUGUUUUCAAUAAGAACGAAGCUAUUCAGACCACUAAGUUAGCCAUAAUUUGGUUUUUUAUUGAGUAUAAUUACCAAGAUUUUUUCACAGCAUUUAUUGUGUGAUUCAUACGGCCUGACAGUUGCUUUUGCAGGUUUUGAAGGAAGAAAAUGUUGAUUAUAUUGUUGCACCUUAUGAAGCAGAUGCACAGAUGGCAUUUCUUGUCAUGCAGAAAUAUGUUGAUGCUGUCAUUACGGAGGAUUCGGACUUAAUACCCUUUGGAUGCUCUAGGGUGAGUUCCAGUUUCUAAUGGCAUUUCCUAAUUUACCCACCCAUGUUUCCGCUCGCCUUGAUUUACUUAUUUUGUGAAAUAGUUUCUUCAUGGUUAUUCCAUUUUUACUGGGACCUAAUUUCUCCCGUUUUUAUGGACAGAUUAUAUACAAGAUGGAUAAAUUUGGGCAGGGUGUUGAGUUUCGCUGUUCGUUGUUAGGCCAAAAUAGGGAGCUCAAUUUUGCAGAUUUCACCCAGCAGAUGUUUCUUGAGAUGUGCAUCCUAAGUGGUUGUGACUAUCUACAGUCCUUGCCUGGUAUGGGUUUGAGGAGAGCUCAUGCACUUAUUCAGAAGUUUAAAAGCCAUGAGAAGGUACUUUGAAUAUGUUGUAUAUUGGCUUAGGUUAUUAAUCAUUUCAGUACUCUUGAACCCAUCUACAUCCUCACCUAAGGAUUACAUAUUGAUUUCAUUUUUUUCUGAAAAAAGUACUUUAAUGAUAAGUGUGAGGCUUCAACACUACCGAAGGCAAGGUAAUUUUGUACGAGGUAUCGUGUUCUAUGCUUGAUAGUUGAAUAUUUAAAGUGCUAAAAAAGUAGGACGAUGCGUGAUAGGUCUCAACUGCAAGGUCAAUGUUUUAAAGCUGUACUUGUAGCCUAUUUCAGCUUCAUUAGGGACCAUUCCAGUGAGUCAUAGCUCCCAAUUAAUUCUUAUUUCGUUCCCCUCUUCUUUACGUUUAUUAAGUGUCAUAUCUGUUGCUACUGUAGUUGAUUACCUAGAGGUGUAAAUACGCCGGUCACCAUGAAUAGGUAGUUUGCUAUUUCCAAUGAUUUAUUUUUUUUCCUUAGACUCACAUAGAAAGGAUGCCAAUAUUGUCACAGAUGAGGUUUAUGUUGAAGGAACAAUAUUUGUCAAAGCAACAAGGUGAGUCUGUGAUACCCAACAACCUAGUAGACUAGAUUAACUAGACUCCUCUCUAUAGCCCUAAUUAGCAUCCUAGAAAGAGGGAUCAAAGAAUGGCAUCAUUGUUUUAAAAACUAAGGUGAUGUGAUUUUAAUUUUUUUUAUAAGGUAUGCUUGGUGUCCUCCAGCCUGUUUCUCAGUUUGAUUAAUUUCGAAGUACCAUGAUUAAUGCAAUUAUGGAUUUUUUUCCGGUUUCUUCUCUAAAUCAUGCUUUGGUUUAGUUUAUUCAUGUUAAUGGAAUAAAUUAGCAUUAUUCAGGCUACAACGAUUAGAGUGGAUGCAUGAUUAUAUCACAGUUUAUUUGAGGACUCCAGAUUUAGUUUAUGCUGUUCCAUUAUUACUUAUGAGAAUUAUGUUGCACAUUUUUUUCUGUAUGCCUACGUUUCCAUUAAUAUGGUUAUUGUAAUUACUGAAAAAUCUGCUCCAUAAAUCCAAGAAUGAAUAGAUGCGAAAAUUUUGAUUCUUCGGGCUUUUCUUGUGCAAAGUUUUUGAUUCUAUCAUCAGUCUUAUAUUCACAUUUGUCUUGUGGGAUGUUGUUCAUACUGGUAAGUUCGAGAAGAUAAUGUAUUGUGAAAGAUUUUGAAAAAAUGUCUGUCCAGAUCAAGAUCUUUUUCUUGUCUCCAUUAUUUACAUAUCCAUGUCUCUAACAUUUAGUUAUCCUCAUCUGGGCCAUAGCGUGAACGAAUUUGUAUUUCCAGGUAAUCAAGCACUUGAAGUAUAGCGCUGUGUCCGUUCCACCUCUUUACGAGGAAAACUUCAAGAAAGCUAUAUGGACUUUUAGGCAUCAAAGGGUUUACAACCCUAAACUUGAGGAUAUUGUGCAUUUGUCAGAGAUUCCUCGUGAUCUUGUGGAUGACAUGGAUUUUUUGGGGCCAUAUCCUUGAAAUCACGUCAUGAAUAUGUGAUGUUCUUGUUGCAUUAAAUUUGAUGUGUUUAUCUUAACUGGUCGUACUCCACUGCCGCAGACUCUUGUGAAAGGCAUCGCUAAAGGCUACAUCGAUCCAUUCACACAGUUGCCAUUUGAGGUAUGUGAGGCGUACCGAAUUGAAAUGUAUUCGAUUUCGAGAUGAAAGUAAUCUAUUAGAUUGCUUCUCUUGUUGAAAAUUUAUUUCUCCAUACUAGGAACAAGAAGAACAAUCCAUCCUCUGUUCCUUCUUAGAUAUCUUGUCACUCACUGCAAAUAUAUUAUUCGUACUGGGAACAACAAGAAUAAUCAGUCUUCUGCUCCUUUCCUGUCCUGAAUGGAGAAACAUUUUUUUCUUCCUAAUAAACUACGGGGACAGGUAUUCAAAUAAAGUUCAUCAUCAAUUUCAUUCCUUCCUCAGUUGUUCAUCUCAGAAAAUAAUUGGUUUUUUUCAUUCUUUUGUUCUUUCUUGGAAUUUUUAGCACAAUUAUUGAGUCAACUGGGUUCCGCCCCCUUAACCGUGAAAAUUUUUGGGCUUGUGGCUCUCCAUUGCGAAAGUUUUUUGGUGCAUCUUUGUUAUUUACAAUCUAGCAUCACCUAUUUUGUGCACCUGAUCCCUAAAACUGAGCUUGGCCUUAGUUUAUUAAAGAUUAUGCGGGAAUGGCGCAGUAACCCUCAUUAAGGAUGUGUACCUCAACGGUUUUCCUCUCUUGCAUGCGAAUUCUAGUACAUGCUCUCCUGGAUGUUGGAGGGGAUGCGCAAAGUAUAAGAACCAGCCAUUACAUCUUUUUACUCACAAGAGGCUUCAGGAUGCCCACAACAUUCUCUCACUCUCUUGACCUUCUCUCUCUAUCAUUCAUCUUUCACUCUCUUUCUUACAUGGUCCUUGUUUCUCCUGAUAGAAACAUACGAAAACACAGUCACAGCUUAUUACCCCCACUUCCCUCUCAUUUUAACUAUUUCUUCGUUUUUCAAUAUCAAUAAUUAGAUUUUAUUUCAUUCUCUCUUGUUUUUCCUUUCUUUUUCUUACACUUUUCUUCCUUUUGUUGGUAUGCUUUAUUCCGCUGUGAUAAGCUCAGGUUUCCCUCUUCCCUCUCAGCUCCUACACCUCUCCGUAUUCUUUUCACCUUUUCUUCUCUCUCUCACUCCUUUUUGACAGCUUUGAGCUAGAAGUAAGAAACUUUGGCAGUAUGUGAAGAAUAGGCAUUGGCAGCCAGGGUGUGAAGUUUAGGUAGUCUUUGGGAGAGGUGAUAGUGGUGCUCAGAAUUUUCAAAUGAGGACGGGUGGAUAGGGAGUACAUGCCAUCUCUCUCUCUCUCUCUCUCUCUCUCUCUCUCUCUCUCUCGCCUGUUUAUGAGUGGAGUGACUUUCUGUUCCAUGUAAUGAUUAGACAAUUUUUUUUAUGUUAGUCGUUGUGGAUCAUGUCUUAGAGAUUAUGAUGCUUUUAAUGGCUCUGUCCUUAUUUCAAGAUCUCUAUUGUUUGACGUAUUUCAUUCUUAUUUAAUGCAGGGGGAGAUAACCCACAUUGCAUGUGCGCCAAACGAGGCCUACUCUCUUAAAGAAUUUAAGCCUAGAAAUGAACGGAAAAGGCUAGAGUUGCCUGUCAAGAAAAAUGUCUUAACUAAUUACUUUUGUAUCCUUUGAUGCUUUGUUUUUUGCUUCUCUACCUGGCAUAUUUUUCUCCAUCUCAUGAUUCAUAUCUAACUAUUUGAUAUUUUCUUGAUCUUUGCGAAAUUUCAGAAUAAGUUGAUGCUAAAGCAUAUCUAGUUCUGAUGUUUGGUAAUACAUAUCUUGUGAUCAUCUAGGAAUAUCAAUAAAAUGUGUGGAGUCCCUACAUGGAAACAACGUGCUAAAUUGAGGAGAACCAGGGUAUAGGUGUCCAUGCAACCGUGUGAUGUAGUAGUGUACGUAGAGGCUUUACUGAAUGGUGUUGUCAUCAGUAUUAGAUAUAGAAAGAAUAGCUCCUGUAUAUGAUUGGCAAUCACGAACAAACAAUCUCCUAUAGGUAAUCACCCAUCUGCAACCGUUAUUACAUCUGAACUUGUCAGCGGUCUCUUGUUAGUUCGUAAUGUAUUGAUAUUGUUAGGAUGUAAUUUUUUUGUUUACCAUUUGGUUCAUCUAAAAUUGUUAUAUUAUUGGAGAUCUGCCCAGGGCAACCUCGUGUCAUUUGAUCAUUGGGAUCAUGAAAAGAGAUAUUGAUAGGCCUCAAUGUUGACCAGUACAGGCAGCUAUAUCUUGUAGAGCCUCCAGAAGCAAUGCUAUCCUAUUGGGAGUGUGCACACCAGUUGGCUACCUCUCUUACUGUCAACGGCCUGAAGAAAUGUUCAACCCAUUGCUCUCUGUGUCUACCUGAGACAUCUGUAGACUCUGAACUGGUUUUAGGAUAAGAGUUGUUAUCACGUUUGCCACGUCGUAAGGGUUUUCCACUAAAUCGCUCUAUGGAGCAUCUAUUAAUAUAUCGGUAGUGUUACAAUGUUCACACAUUUCUCCAUUUAUGAUCGAAAUUUUGGAAGUUCAUCUUCGACAUGAUACUUCUUUUCACGAAAUGAGAACAGGUGUGGAAGUAAAUAAUUUAUAUAAUGAACUUGACAAGCUUGAAACCGUUUAGGCUUUUAACGGCCAUGGAAUCAGAUUUUUUCAGGUGUAGGAAUUUGAAACGCAAGACAGGUUUAUUUUGCUUUCAUUUAUUAUGCUGUUCUCUAUAUUUUCCAAGUUGUUAAAAUUAACUUACCUUACUGCCGUUAAGAGUUAGGAAAGAGUGUCCAAUUUUCAGUUUUCUUCAUGUUAUAUAUUUUUAUUUCUCAUUAUUCUGUUCUUUAGACAUAGAGGUGCAUAAGAAUCCUGUAGAUAUUAGACUACGAGAGUCUAGAUUUACCAGCCCAAGCUGUGCUACCAUCUAUGGAGCGUGCUUAUGCGAAUGUCCUUGUGCACAUAAGUCCUUGACACUCAAAAGGCUUAGCUUCACUUGAAGCAAAGAGGAAAUAUAAGGCACCUCAAGUCAACUGCAAGCAGUUAUUGACGAUGGAAGAAUCUCUAUCUGGCAGUGAACAAUUUGUGCAUUCAGAGAAUGCGGUUGGUUCUCUCUUUUAAAAAGCUCAGAAAUUUUCAUAAGUGAUACUGAUGACUGUGAUGUUGUGUACUCCCUGUCUCUUUCAGCUUCAGUUAAUAUUCAUCUCAUCAUGCCACGCUGACUGUGUUCAGAAUGAUAUUUUUUGAUCAGGUCAUCGCUAAGUUUCAAGACAAAAGUGAUGCGAUUAUGAAUCUGUCUGACAAAGGUAGGCACGAGUAUCCGUUGGUUGAAGGCAUGUUACUCUUGUUCAAAGCUUCAUCACAGAUACAUAUUGCCUGUGCUGCACAUCUUUCUUACUCGUUAUGCGGAUGGUUUUACUUAAUCAAUGCCUUUUUAAGAGUUCGGCCCAGAAGAAUUUAGCCAAACUCAUUGAUGGAAUACCAUGCGUUUUUCAUCAAUCAUGAGUGAUCUCUUAACGCUAUUGUCUGUUCCAACUAUUGCUUACUAAGCAAUUUUCCUCCUGACAAACGUCUUCAGGUCACAUGAGAAGGUCUCAACACUCUCAAUUGCCACAUCUAAAGAACGGACCCUCAGUGUCGUCCUUAAUAUCACAUAACUUAUUGGAGAUCAAAGCCAUAUGUAUGCAUAAGGUUGACAGUUCAAAGGGCUAUGAUUUCCCUGAUAACCGUUUGGCUUCUAAUGGUUCUAAGGAUGAGGAAAACGAAGCCACUCUGCAGCACGAAGAUACUGAUAAAAGCUCUCUUGAUGAUACAACGGCUCGGUGUGCUGCAAUACCUGCAGUUCCCAUAAAGAAACCAAAACUUGUUCACGCUCAGGAUGAGAAUGUAUGUCUUUAGUGAGUAAUGAUUUCGUUAUCAAUAUUCUUCUGAUUUUGUCUUUUACUUGGAGCGUUUUACUUGUCCUAGGGAAAAAAGCAUUUGGCUCAAAUUGCAAAAGGAAAAACAUUGGAGUGUGUGGAAGGUUCAGCUUCUUCUCGCAAUGGUAAGUGUCGGUUUUAUUUUUUUCUCAAGUUAACCAUAUAGAAUUCUAGGAAUUGUAAUCAUCUCGUACUAUGAUAUAAGUGAAACAAUUUUGGAUUUCCUUUGUACAUCCUCAUUAAUCAGAUUCCUCACAGCUUUGAGCAGUCUCAAAUCCUUACAGAUACGAUAUGUUCUUAGAACGGAUAACUCAUUCUUGA